UCCGUGUGGCCAAUACAGGGGAUCUGGUAGUGUGUAUUCAUCAUACACAGCUAGCUAGAAUCUAGAUCGUACACAAGUGGAGGCAUCUAUCUGCAGUCUCUUUCUUCUUCCUUUCGAUUGAUCCAAGCUAAGCUCUGUUGGGACGGCCUUUGUCUCUGUCCGGCGCCCUAUUCCCUAUUAAGCCCAAGUCGUCGAUCGACGGGGACAAUUCGAAGGGAGGAGCCGACGACGAGGAGGAGGAAACCACACGCCUGGCCGGGGCUGCAGCAGCAGGAGGAAGAAGUAAAGAAGAGGAGGUGAUGGAUCACCGAUCGAUGGCGGCAGCAACCAUGUCCAUGUGUUGCAGGAACAAGCAGAAGAAGGACGGUGAGCGUAGUAGUAGUGGUGGUGGUGGCAGUAAGCAGGCGGGGAUGAGGAAGGGGCCGUGGACGGAGGAGGAAGACGCCCAGCUGGUAUGGUUCGUGCGCUUGUUUGGUGAACGCCGGUGGGAUUUCUUAGCAAAGGUUUCAGGUUGGGGCGGUGGCGGGUGCAUCCCCAAGCAUGCGUAUGUAUAUAAAUAUAUAUAUAUUUAUAUGUAUGCAUCCAUUCUUGGGGAUUGAUCUUAGGAUGGGCAGAGACGACCGGUGUGAACCAUUUGCUUCCUCUUCUCCUUCUCCCUGCUUUCUUCUCUAUGCAUGCGUGUCGGCGUACUGCAGGUCUGAGGCGCACCGGCAAGAGCUGCCGUCUCCGGUGGGUCAACUACCUCCACCCGGGCCUCCGCCGCGGCCGCAUCACCGCCGACGAGGAGCGCCUCAUCCUCGAGCUCCACGCGCAGUACGGCAGCAGGUGGUCGCGCAUCGCCAGGAGCCUCCCCGGCCGCACCGACAACGAGAUCAAGAACUACUGGAGGACGCGCACCAGGAAGCAGAAGGCAGCGAAGACGGCGGCGUCGGCGGCAUCGGUGUCCUCGUCGUCGACCGUGACCACCACCACCGCGUCCUGCUCCGGCUCUCCGAGCAGCGGCUGCGGCACGGCCGCGUCGUCGUCGGCGGUCACCGGUUCAGCGCUGCGAGAGAGCGGCGGCGGCGGCGGCGCAGAGGACGACGCCGAGCUCGACGAGGCGUCCACCACCGCGGCAAGCCAGCAUCACCACCACCAGCAGCAGCAGCAGCAGGAAGCGUCGUCCUACACCAUGGACCAGUUCUGGAACGAGAUCGCGGCAGCCGAGGCGGCGGCGAGCUACAUGGUCGACGGCUGGGUAGGAGCGUGUCACCCCGCCGCCGCCGAGCCGCCGGUGAUGCCGUCGUCGCCGGUGUGGGAAUACUGCUCGGAUUACUCGCUCUGGAGGAUCGACGACGAAGAGUACUACAAGAAGAUGCUCGACGCCUCUUGAUGAGCCAUCAGCCAUGCUUAUAUAUCAGAUCAUCCACCAUGCAUCUUCUUCUGCCUUAUAUUAAUCAAUCAGUUAGCUUUAUUUUUCUGUCUACUAGCUACGAUUUCAAAAGGCUAGGUUCGUCUUUCGUUGCAUCUGUUUCGUACGUUCUAUGUAUACUACAGUACAUAUAUAUUUGCAUCUGUGUAUACUGUAAUUAUACCUGUAACACCUUGCUUGACGCAUGCAUGCUAUGUACGUCGUCAUCAGGUCAGGACAUGUAGUUCAGUAGUUCACCAUCUUAUGUUGAAUCAGAUAAUUCAGAUCAGAACACACCUGUAGGGAUCUGCUGCCUUUUGUGUUCAUGCAUGUAAGAGUGUGAUGAUGGGAUUGUACUUAUGAGUACUCCUAUAUGAGAGCAGUUACAUUAAUCAGUAAGUGCUGUCUGAACAGCUGUGUUGUCCUGAA